AUGGCAUCGUAUUUGGAAAAUGCGUACAGCUUGGUGCAUCAGGACAAUGUUGCCGACCAGCCUACCCUCCAGGACCUGAAGACGCAGCUUGAGAAAGGAACAGAUGAAUCUAAAAUAGACACCAUGAGACGGAUAUUGAUUGUAAUGCUGAAUGGAGACCCAAUGCCCCAACUGCUUAUGCAUAUCAUUCGUUUUGUCAUGCCGUCCAAGAGCAAGCCGCUGAAGAAGCUUCUCUACUUCUACUACGAGAUCUGUCCCAAGCUGGAUAGCAAUGGAAAACUAAAGCAGGAGAUGAUAUUAGUCUGCAACGGCAUCCGGAAUGACCUACAACAUCCUAACGAAUAUAUCCGCGGCAACACGCUCCGAUUUCUGUGCAAACUUAAAGAACCCGAACUUCUCGAACCAUUGCUGUCCUCCACACGUGCCUGUUUAGACCACCGGCACGCAUACGUGCGGAAAAAUGCUGUUUGGGCCGUUGCGUCUAUAUUCCAACUCUCCGAGUCUCUGAUCCCCGAUGCUCCAGACCUCAUCCAGACAUUUUUGGGAUCGCAAGUUGACCCCACUUGCAGACGCAACGCCUUUGCUGCACUACUUACAGUCAGCCAUCAAAAGGCCUUAGAGUAUCUUAGCUCUGCUUUUGACAGUGUACCAAACGCGGAUGAAUUGCUUCAGCUCGUCGAACUCGAGUUUAUAAGAAAGGAUGCUAUCCAAAAUACCCAGAAUAAGGCUAAAUAUCUCCGACUGAUAUUCGAUCUCUUGGAUGCGGGAGCCAGUACCGUUGUUUAUGAAGCAGCAACGUCGCUCACAGCGCUUACAAGCAAUCCAGUGGCGGUGAAGGCAGCUGCAUCGAAAUUGAUCGAAUUGAGCAUCAAAGAAGCCGACAAUAAUGUGAAGCUAAUUGUACUCGAUAGAGUCGACCAGCUACGGAUACGGAAUGAAGGAGUUCUAGAUGAUCUGACAAUGGAAAUUUUACGAGUUCUAUCAAGUCCGGAUAUCGAUGUUCGAAGGAAAGCGUUGGGCAUUGUAAUGGAAAUGGUGUCUAGCAAAAAUGUUGAAGAAAUCGUCAUGCUCUUGAAGAAGGAAUUGGCUAAAACAGUUGACGAACAAUAUGAGAAGAACAACGAAUACCGGCAAUUGCUUAUCCAAUCGAUCCAUCAGUGUGCAAUUAAGUUUUCUGAAAUUGCAGCCAGUGUCGUUGAUCUUCUUAUGGACUUCAUUGCCGACUUUAACAACAACUCCGCCGUUGACGUGAUCUCUUUCGUCAAGGAAGUAGUUGAGAAGUUCCCCAAGCUAAGGCCAUCCAUUAUCGAGCGCCUAGUAUCCACUCUUAGCGAAGUACGUGCGGGUAAAGUAUAUAGGGGGGUUUUAUGGGUAAUUGGAGAAUACUCUCUUGAAGCCAACGACAUUAGAGAAGCCUGGAAACGUGUUAGGGCUAGCCUUGGGGAAAUUCCCAUUUUGGCUUCUGAGCAGCGCUUAUUGGACGAGGUUCCCGCCGAGGACGGCCCUAUUAAGGAGCAAGUGAAUGGCCAUUCCAAGCCGUCUGCUCCAACAGGGUCAAGGAAAGUAUUAGCAGAUGGCACAUAUGCUACUGAGAGCGCUCUUACCAGCCAGUCCAGCGAGGCUGCCAAACUAGAAGCAGUCAAGGCAGCGCAAAAACCGCCACUCCGACAGCUUAUCCUCGAUGGGGACUAUUUCCUUGCCACUGUUUUGUCGUCUACGCUGACAAAGCUAGUCAUGAGACAUUCUGAGGUCUCCCAAGACACCGCUCGAACCAAUGCUCUACGAGCUGAAGCGAUGCUUAUCAUGAUCUCAAUUAUCCGAGUCGGCCAAUCUCAAUUUGUCAAAGCCCUGAUCGACGAGGACUCUGUGGACAGAAUCAUGUCGUGUGUUCGAUCUCUGGCCGAGUUUGCCCAACAUAAGGAAUUAGAAACGACGUUCCUUGAAGAUACAAGACAAGCGUUCCGUGCUAUGGUCCAAGUCGAAGAAAAGAAACGCGCAGCCAAAGAAGCAGACGAGAAAGCCAAGGCGGCCGUCCAAGUCGACGACACAAUCCCCAUCCGUCAGCUCGCUAAAAAAUCUGCCGAAGAAGGAGCUGACGAAAUUGAACUUGAUCUCGCCAAGGCUACUGGCGGUGACUCUGCUUAUGAAGACCUGUCAUCUAAGCUCAGUCGAGUUGUGCAGCUCACUGGGUUCUCUGACCCCGUCUAUGCUGAAGCGUAUGUUAAGGUUCACCAGUUUGACAUUGUUUUGGAUGUCCUGCUCGUCAAUCAAACGACAGAGACCCUGCAAAACUUGUCAGUAGAGUUCGCCACUCUUGGAGACCUCAAGGUUGUUGAGCGCCCAACAACACAGAACCUCGGGCCUCAUGACUUCUUGAACGUACAAGCUACCGUGAAAGUUUCAUCGACAGACACUGGCGUUAUAUUUGGAAACGUCGUCUACGAUGGAGCGAGCUCUACAGAGACCCAUGUUGUCAUCUUGAACGACAUCAAAGCAGAUAUCAUGGACUAUAUACAUCCAGCCCACUGCACCGAAUCCCAGUUCCGUACCAUGUGGACAGAAUUCGAAUGGGAAAACAAAGUCAAUAUUAACUCCAAAGCAAAAUCGCUGAGAGAGUUCCUGUCCCAGCUUAUGGAGAGCACGAACAUGAGCUGCUUGACGCCAGAGGCAUCGCUUGAAGGGGAUUGUCAAUUCCUGAGCGCCAAUCUUUAUGCUCGAAGUGUCUUCGGUGAGGACGCGCUUGCAAAUCUCAGCAUCGAGAAACAAGGCGAGGACGGACCAAUCACCGGGUUUGUGCGAAUCCGAAGUCGAUCGCAAGGGCUGGCGUUGAGUUUGGGAUCUCUCAAAGGUCUAAAGGCCAAUGCUAUUUGA